CUUUUCCCCAGUCUCUUCUCACCCCUGGAUUCGCGGUGCACGCCCUGCGGGCGUCCGAGCUUCUCCUCGCCGGGCAAGGUGCCUGGGUUACUCCGCGGCGGAUCCAUCCGCUAGGGUUUCAGAUCGACUACGCGGACGAUAUUUUCCAGCUGAUUCAGAUCAGUUAAUCCGUUCUCUUUCAGGGUACACCGUCAGUUCGUUGGUUCGACUCUGCUAAUUAUCGAGAAAAAUCCAGCUUCCAUCAUACUCGCAUGUUGUCACCGCCCCCGGCACAGUGUCGAUUUGUAGCUUUUUCGGUGUACUGUACUAAUGCUUGGACAUUGCGGCUUACGUCGAUUUAUCCUCUUUUCAGGCUAUACAUUGACGACGCUCUCGGCGCAUUCUCACGACUUCAGCAGUUCAGCUCCACGCAGAAUCAACUCGCGAGCUCUCAGCUACCAUGUCCAUGGAGGCGGCUCUCGUGAGUGUGGCCACGGGGGUCCUCAAACCUGUCCUGGAGAAGCUGGCCACCUUGCUUGGCAACGAGUAUAAGCGAUUCAAGGGUGUGCGCAAAGAGAUCAAGUCUCUCAGUCAUGAGCUGGCUGCCAUGGAGGCUUUUCUCCUCAAGAUGUCCGACGUGGAGGAUCCCGACGUGCAGGAUAAGGUGUGGAUGAAUGAGGUGCGGGAGUUGUCCUAUGACAUGGAGGAUGCCAUCGAUGACUUCAUGCAAAACGUCGGUGACAAAGAUGAAAGGCCAGAUGGUUUCAUUGAGAAGAUCAAGAGCUCACUAGGGAAGUUGGGGAAGAUGAAGGCUCGUCGUCGAAUCGGCAGAGAGAUCCAGGAUCUGAAGAAACAGAUCCUUGAGGUGGGUGAGAGGAAUGAAAGGUACAAGAGUCGUGAGGCCUUCUCCAAGACCAUCAACGCAACCGUUGACCCUAGAGCUCUUGCUAUAUUUGAGCAUGCAUCGAAGCUUGUUGGAAUCGAUGAACCUAGGGCUGAGCUGAUCAGAUUGUUGACGGAUGACAAUGGGUGUGCGACAACACAACAUCAACCAAAGAUUGUCUCCAUCACUGGACCUGGAGGAAUGGGCAAAACAACUCUUGCAAACCAAGUGUAUCAAAAAAUCAAAGGGCAAUUCGAUUGUUGUGCCUUCCUAUCCGUGUCGCGAAGUCCAGACAUGAUGAAUAUCCUUAGGACCAUUCUUAGUGAAGUUAGCGGUCAACGUUAUUCUAACACGGAAGAAGGGAGUGUACAAAUACUCAUUACCAAGAUCAAUGACUUCCUACUAGAUAAAAGGUACUUUGUUGUUGUUGAUGAUAUAUGGGACAUGGAUACCUGGGAUAUUAUAAAAUGUGCAUUUCCUGCUACAAGUUCUACCAGUAGAAUAAUCACGACUACUCGUAUAAACAAUGUCGCUCAUUCAUGUUUAUCAUCAUUCAAUGGCCUUAUUUACAAUAUAAGUGCUCUUGGUAUGGUGCACUCCAGACAAUUAUUUCACAGAAGGUUAUUCAAGUCUGAUCAAGAUUGCCCUUCACACCUUCAAGAAAUUUCUGAGCAGAUAUUGAAAAAAUGCCAUGGGUUACCUUUGGCGAUCAUUGCUAUAUCUGGUUUGUUGGCUAACACAAAAAGAACAGAAGAUGUGUGGAAUCAAGUGAAAGAUUCAAUUGGCCGUGCACUUGAAAGGAAUCCUAGUGUCGAAGGAAUGAUGAAGAUAUUGUCACUUAGUUAUUUUGAUCUGCCUCCUUAUUUAAAAACUUGCCUCUUAUAUCUAAGUAUGUAUGUAGAAGAUUCUAUUAUUGAGAAGGAAAAUUUGAUACAAAGAUGGAUUUCUGAAGGAUUCAUUUAUAAAGAGGGAAGAUACACGGCAUAUGAGUUAGGAGAAAGGUGUUUUAAUGAACUACUCAACAGGGGUUUGAUCCAACCUGGGGCGACAAAUGCUUAUGGCAUAGUGCAGUGUUGUCGAGUUCAUGACACAAUUCUUGAUUUCAUCAUAUUCAAGUCCAUAGAAGAGAACUUUGUUACUUUACUUGGCGUUCCCAAUCCGACAAUUGGGAAAAAAAGCACUAUAGUUCGUCGACUCUGUGUACAAGGUGUCGAGGAAGGAAAUUCAGCAUUAUUGAUAGCAGAUCUCGUGUUUUCCCAUGUCCGAUCACUUACUAUGGUUGGAGGUCUGUUGGAAAUCCCUUCUUUGGAAGAGUUCAGACAUUUGCGUGUUCUUGACUUAAAUUAUUGCUCCAAAUUGGAAGAUCAUCAUCUUGAAAAUGUGGUGAGGUUGUUCCAGCUGAGGUACCUGAAUCUCAAAGGUACAAAAAUAAGCAAGCUCCCAAAACAAAUUGGUCGUUUAGAAUGCUUAGAGGUGCUGGACCUAAGAGGGACUUCUGUAAAGCAAUUACCUGCAUCUAUCGUGAAUCUCGGAAAAUUGAUGCAUCUACUUGUUGAUGAUAAUGUUCAAUUUCCUGAAGGGGUUGCAAAGAUGCAAGCACUGGAGACGUUGGAAUAUGUCAAUGCCUCCAUUCAGCCAUUAGAAUUCUUGUGCGGCCUUGGUCAACUAAUGAAUUUAAGGAAUCUGUGGCUUAUCCUUGAUUUCGAAUUUUAUUCUGACACUGAGGAUACAUUGAAGCGGAUGUUCUUGCCAUAUGUCCCACAUGUUCCGACAUGGGUGGGCUCCCUCAGAAACCUCCAACGGCUAUACAUUGAAGCGGUGAUAGUCAACCAUGACCAUCUCUGUAUGCUUGGGGCCUUACCCAGUCUGCUUUUUCUGCAUCUUGAGGAUGAAACAGAGUCAAACGAAAAGCUCAAAAUCAGUGGUGAAGUUGGGUUCCGAUUCUUGAAGAUUUUUAUUUAUGGUAGAUUUUUUGAACCAGUAGAUCUGAUGUUUGGGACAAGGUCCAUGCCAAAGCUUGAAAAACUAGAGCUUCAUGAGUUUCGCAUGGUUGAAGCUAACUCUCUCGGCUUUGGAAUUGAGAACCUCCCUUGCCUCACUAGUGUCAAAUGCACUGCCGUUGCUGGUGAUGAUGGCAUUGUUGAAGCCGUGAAGACUGCCAUGGAGAGAGCAGCCAGCACACAUCCCAACCACCCAAGUCUACUCUUUCAGAGAUUACGCUGAUACUUCAAAUUAACAAGCCAAAAACAGGGGAGUUGCUUCUGCUCGUGGUCCGGCCGGCCAACCGGUUCUCAAGUUUAAUACUAGUGUCUAGCUCGAUUCAUCUCUCUUUUUUUAUACAUUAUUCUCUCUGUCGGAUAAAAAUGUAAUAUGGAUAAUGAUACAAAAUUAUAGAAUUGGUUAAGACUGGUACUGUACUGCAUUUUCUGUAAUAAUCAGUCAUCCGUAUGUGUUGAAGGUUUAAUAUUAUCGCGUGACCAUUUCUAGCCAUCA